AUUGAAUUAAUCAUUGAAUCUAUCCGAUGUGUUGUUAUUAUAUAAUGAAUGUGUAAUAGUUGUAAAUUAGGAACUUGACAUUUUGAACAUGUAUAAAGUAACUGUAUGACUGUUUGUUUUUGUCCUGUCGUAUUUGCAUGACAUUGUCUGUAUGAAGGAAUGUGUUUUUGUUGAUGCGUCUCCAUGGUUACCGCAGAGCAGCAGCAGCAGCAGCAGCAGCACAGUGGCAGCUUGUCACUGCAGCCCAGUCAGACUUUGAUUGAACCUGGUGCGUUUUUUGUUUUUUUUGUCUUUGUGUCUCAUCACUGAGUGUUUAGUCCCACAGUGAACAGCUUUCAUGGACACACGGGUGACCUCAACUCCUCACUCAGUAAAGCGCUGGCAGCUCAGUGGGACGGACUAUGAGCCGCCUCUGCGGCCUGGGACCCUCCUCAGCUCCUGGACGCCACUGAGUAACAAUCAGAGCAACCUGCAGCUAUUUGAGGAGAGGACGAACCUUGUGCUGCACUGGUUUGAUCUGUGGACGGACAAACAGAGGAAGCACCUGCUGCACUGUUUGCUCACACGCUGCACAAAGUCACAGCUCAAGUACUGCCGGGAUCUGCUGAAUGAGACGGUUCCUGUGACUCAAGUGGACUUUACGUCCGUGCUGCCUCGGUUUCUCUCCCUAUAUGUGCUGUCCUUCCUGUCCCCUCGUGAUCUCUGUGCGGCUGCUCAGGUCAGCUGGCACUGGAGGUUCCUGGCUGAGCAGGACUGUAUCUGGACGGGUCGGUGCAUUCGAAGAGGCUGGUUCCUUCCCUACACGCCUGAUUCAAAAGAGUUCGGAGCGUGGAAGAAGCACUAUGUCUCCUGCGUGUCGACGCUGGACUGGCUCACUCCUCGGGAGGCGGCCGAGCGAUACGGGCCCCCCCUCAACCAGCAAAACGGGGAUGUGACAGAGGAGGAGGAAGAGAGGAGGAAGGGGAGGAGGAUGAGGCAGAUGAUCAGGGAGAAGCUUCAGGAGGAGAAGAGACUAUCUAUGAGAACCAGGAGAGCAUGGGGCAGCUCCACAAAGCAAGGCGGAGUCAGAGGUGGAAGUGCCCAAACUGGGAGACCUAACACUGGGUUACAAUUCAGUUCAUGGCCUUCCCUAAGAACUGUCACAUCAUCUGGCCUCCAUCAGAGCCAGGAUGUGGGACAGUUCAUGAAUACUACUCAGAGUUUGGAGGCCUCCAAUUCAUUCAGUGGAAGACUGAACAAAGCCUGUGGAGCACUGGCCUCCUUCACUUUCAGACCUGAAGAGUCACAAAUAUUUUCACCCAUUCAUCGCACCACUACUGCUCUCUUACUGCUCAUCUCCAACCGGGUCCCAGCUUAUGAGUUGUUGCUGAGCGGCGUGAAGGCAGGAGUGACUGUGGUUGUGUACGACCACAGAGGGACCCUCUCCGCUCUGUUGACCCAGGUGGAGGGGGCUCUAAGUGGGCAGACAGUUCAGAGGAUAGGCACGUUAGCUCCGGCAGGGACAGAAGAAAUCCAUCUGCUUCAAAGCAGUACCCUCUCAGAGAGGACUUUGCUGACCACUGAAUAUCAAGUAUUCUGGGAAAAACUCUGUGGCUGGGUGGCGCCAUCUCAGGAUGGGAGAGGAAUUGACAUCUUCUCCCCACUGGCUGCGUCUGCAUCAGGAGUGGCCCUCAUGCGGACUCUCUCUACUCUAACUGGUCUGGAGGUUUGUGCCCCGAUGGGCCUCACCACGGGAAGUUUCCAGAACAUCCUGGGUGAGUGGUCAGACAGUAGUUUGUGCAGCGGUGUAUCGAAGCAGCACCCCGCAGCCCCAGCGCUCCAGUAUGUGUGGGAGAACAGGCUUCAGGGCUGGUGCCGACAGGCUGAGUGGAUGGAGGAGGCUCUGGGAGAACUGAGGCUCCACCUGGGGCCACAGCUACAACGGGUCAGCCUCCAGGCUGGAGGCCGAGCUCUGGGUCAUUUUUUGUGGGAGAAAAUCUGCCUGGAGGAGAUUUGUGUGUCGAAAGAGCUCAGCAAAGCUCUGACUGAGGGACUCGCUGCUCUGACCAGACAGGAGGAGACAAGACCGUUGGAGUUUCUCGCUCUGUUCCUGACAAGGUGGAGUGAGAAGGAGGAGGGAGAAGAGAGUCAUCUUACUGAAGAUCAUUCCUCUCAGGCAUCACAUUGUUCUCUGAAACCUCUCCCUGAGCUACCACAAACAGUGUUGGACUGGAGAGGUGUUGUGGUCAGAGAACUGCACCACAGCGAGGGUCUCUAUCUGGGGAGGCUGAAGGCUGUGCGUAAGGUGUAUCAGGAGCCUCUGACAGCAGCUCUGAACUCUAACAGGGCCAUUCUCAGAUACGCAGACAUCCAGAUCAUCUUCAGUCCUGUCACAAAAUUACUGGAACUCAACAGUGUGUUUCAGGCGGAUCUUCAGGCGAGGCUGCAGCACUGGGGUCCAGAGCAGUGUGUCGGAGACGUGUUCAUGAAACUGUGCUCAAGUCUCAGAGUCUACACCAACUAUCUGAACAACUACAUCACAGCACUGAGCACCAUUGACAAGGGCAGGGAGACGAAACCUGCAUUCCGAGCCUUCCUGAAGAGAGUAGACAGAACUCUAGCAACACACAUGCUGAGCCUCCAGGAGCUGCUGCUAUGUCCAGCGUGGAGAAUCCAGGAGUAUGUGACUCUACUUCAAGCUCUGUGUCUACACACACUCUCUAGUCACCCUGACCACGCACACCUCUGCGCCGCCCUCAACACGCUGCGCCGCUACAGAGAAUUCCUCCAAAAGUUAAAGCGUAACACGGAGAGAGACAGACUGAUGGUGGAAACACAGCAGAUGAUCCAAGGCUGUCCGAACCUCAGUGAAGGCAACAGGCAGCUGAUCAUAACUCAGGAAGCUGCUUUGCUCAGGAGUCCCGAUGAACUGAUUCCCGACUCUCUCAGGACCUACGAGCAGGUGUCUGACCUGGGCCUCUUCCUUUUUAAUGAUGCUCUGGUGCUGACGCGGAGAAACGUGCAUCACACACCGUUCGCGCUGGCGCACCGGAGCACACACACCUUCCUGGCGUCAGUGGCCCUCACCAGCCUGGCUGUCAGAGAGAUCACACACACUCGCUACGUGCGCCACGCCUUCGUCCUGGAGGGUCCGUGUCGUUCCUGGGUGUGUGCCACAGAGAGAGGCGAAGAGCGCGACCACUUCCUGUCUGCGCUGCGUUCAGCCGUCCACUCUGCGCUGACGGCACAUCAGUGACGACACACAAGGUUCCUGUGUGCCCAGCAUGACAGAGCAGCUCCAGACAGAUCCGAUGGUAGGAAGGUGCGAAUAGCUGAAACCGACUCUGACCACAAGGGCCACCAGGGAAGAAGACAAAUCACCUACAAGCCCCCAAACAUCCCGACACUCUGAUCCUUUUCCACCGGAGAUAAACAAGCUCCGACGGACGAGUUCACGAUCACACGCACGGCAAACUCUCUCCCAAUAUGGAAGGGUUGUUUUGUUGUUUUUUUGUGCGUUUAUGGGAACUGAGUCACACCCUCAAACAUCAAUGACACUUGGAUUGAAGCGUCUUGAGUUAGACUUAGGUUAAUAAAUAUAUCAGUGCUGAUGUGAGUAGACUUUGGGGCUCAAGUAGCCACAUAUACUGUAACAAGAAGUCACAAUGCAAUAAAAUGACAUAAAACAUGAUUGAACAAGUUUGUGCCUUAAAAUAAUCUAAGAACUAAUCCAGUGGAUUAUCAGAAUACUAGGCUGUAAAGGUAUUCUUUCAUUACUUUUAAAAAUAUGCAGCAGAAAAGUACAUUUUUGGACAGUUUACAGAUAUCAAUACAAUGUUCAUACUUUUAUUUAGCUUGUGUUUCUAAAUCAAGCAUCGUAAAUUUUAAUAUACUGUAUUUCCAGAGUCACCAAAAGAGAAUAACGCUGUAGUCCACAAUUUUAACAUCAUAGUUAAAAUAUUAGGAUUAAAACGGUACCAUUUUGUUUUAAUGUACAACAUGUCUGUGAUAAAAGCCUUUACUUUUAUUCAGGGUUUAUUGGUUUACACUGUUCAGCCAGCAGAGGGCGGCACUUUGUAAUUUUUGGGAGUGGCCUUACAGAGUCUGAAUGAUGCUCAGCCUCAUCCUUACUGUUUGUUGACAGUAAAAACUAUAAUAUGUUUAGUUAGUGCUUUUAUUGUAUAUUUUCUCAUUAUUAAUUAAUCUCUGGAUGGGGUUGUUGUGGUUGAUGCAGAUACUUCAUAGAUAAUCACCUUGCACGGUGUCUGACAGAGGAAAGAAGCAGCACUGCUUUCAGAUAAUGAGUAAGGAGUAGUAAUGAAACCUGCUUCAUAACAAAUUCAUAUGAAGUAUUUCUGUAAGUUCUUUUUUUUAAUUUACAGAUUCCUUUUGCAUCACAAAUGCAUUUUUA